CAUGUGUUGUUUGAGACACUUCCUCUUUUUCAUCAUAGUUGGAAUGGUUGAGGUGCCUCUCUACUGUAUCAGAGGGUGACGUGGUUAAGCUGUUCAGCAGGGCUUGAGCGGAAAGGUUAAACCAAUCUCAAAAAUGGAUUCCAAGAAAAAGAACUUCUUGGAGAACCUGAAAACUAAGUUUGGUAAGAAGACAGGUAAGAAGACACCUCUGCAGCAGGGAAGGAGGCUGGCCCACCGACGCAGCAUUUCUGUACCAGAUCUACGACUUGUACCGGGAGUAUCUUUCCCUGAAACCGCCUUGGAGACCGUAACCUCUGACGCCAUCUUUUUUGGCGUCUCCCCUGGUACAAGCGAUACUGAUUCUAUUGCAAGUAACUCAGUCACCGAUGGACCACUUUUCGCAGACAAACUGACGGAUCCAGUCCAAGAACAAAAACUCAGAGUUCCCCAGGAUAAUGCUACUUGGGCUUUGAAUAGAAUGAGUGCACCAUCAGAGACAAUGUCUCAUUAUGAGGAAAUUAGUGAUAUGAUGAGUUCAGCCUCAGACAGCAAGUUAAAUCUGAUGACUAGAGAAACAAUAUAUGCACAAGUUGAUAAAAAAGCCAAGGGGAGUGAGCAGAAAUUUUCUUUUGACCCUGUUCCUGCACCAAGAUCUGUUUUUACCAAUUCACAGGUGCUUUCACCAAGACCACCCAUACCGGAGAGAGAUAUGUCUUUUGAAAGAAUUCGCUCCAUCCCUGAAGAAACCGUAUCACAGAGGCAGCAUUCAGGUUCUGUCACCGCAGCAUUAGCCAGAGCGCAGUCAUUCGGAGACCAAGUGUGUCAAAACACAGAGAAGAAGUCUGUAUCAUUUGAGCAAAGAAAGCCAUCAUCUGAAAAGGGGGCUCUGUCAACAGUCAGAGAAAAUGUUCCACAUCCACUGGUAUUAGAUCCUCAGGGGGCCACUUUAGAGAAUACAGAUGGUACCUCUCUGGACUCUGUUUGUGGAACUCCCAGUGAGGAGCAACUCAACCUACCAUGGACGACAGAUUCAGAGGAACUGGAACGAGAACCUUUCUCUCCAUUGGUGAGGAGGGAGUUUGAUAUGGAAGAGGCCAUCCUACAAGGAGUACAAAAUGAGUACAACGAAGAGAAAAGGUUCAGCUGGGCAGAGAUGUCAAGUGAGCCGUGUGACCUUGAACCAUGCGAGGAGACUGCACAGGAUCCACUUGAUAAUUCUCAGGGUGUGACUGCAGGCCCUGAAGUCCAAACACCUGCCCCUUUCCAGAGAUACCUCUUAAACAUAAACCUAAAGCAGGGCAGGAACUUGGUCAUCCGAGACAAACGAUCCGGUACCAGUGAUCCUUACGUGAAGUUUAAACUUGAGGGAAAACAGUUUUAUAAAAGCAAAGUGGUCUAUAAAAGCUUGAAUCCACGGUGGAACGAGUCCUUCUCCCAUCCUCUGCGAGACAGAGAACAUAUUGUGGAGGUUCGGGUUUAUGACAAAAAUCGAACUUCUGACGAGUUCAUGGGCUCCGGCAGCCUCUCACUCAAAGAACUCGAAUUGUACAAAAAUUAUGAAAUGGAGUUGAAGCUUGAUGAUCCAAAAAGCAAAGAAGAAGACAUGGGGGUUAUUAUUGUUGAAGUCUGUUUAAUGUUUAGAGAUGCCACCAUCAAAAGAAGCCCUAGAUGGCCUCAAAGGAAGAAUAAGCAGAACCAGGCCACACCAUUGCAACGUACAGCUGAAAUGCCGAAGAACCAGAUCAAGAACCAGAUGUGGACAGGGGUGCUUGGUAUCACCUUGGUGGAGGGGCAGGACCUGCCGCAGUAUGGCCACGGGGACAUCUACGUCCGCUUUCGACUUGGUGAUCAGAAGUACAAGAGCAAGAACCUUUGCAUUCAGGCCAAUCCCCAGUGGAGAGAACAGUUUGACUUCAAUCAGUUUGACGAUAACCAGGAACCUCUGCAGGUAGAAGUGUUCUCAAAGAGAGGGAGGAAGGGUGAGGAAUCAUGGGGAAUGUUUGAGAUUGACCUAUCAAGACUUCCACUUAAUGAGAGGCAGCUUUACACUCAUGUGCUGGACCCAGGAAAGGGCAGGCUGGUGUUUCUGGUCACCUUGACACCCUGCUGGGGAGUCUCCAUCUCUGACAUGGAAAAAGCUACAUUAGAAAAGAAUGAAGACAGAGAGAAAAUAGAGACUAAGUUUAGCCUACAGAAUUCACACCAGUCUAUGGCAGAUGUUGGCUUCCUUCAGGUCAAGGUUAUAAGGGCAAACGAUCUUCCUUCGACUGACUUAAAUGGUAAGAGCAACCCCUUCUGUGUUAUUGAGCUUGGCAACAGCAAACUUCAAACUCAUACACUCUAUAAGACCCUGAAUCCAGAGUGGAACAAAGCCGUUACAUUCCCCAUUAAAGACAUUCAUGAUGUGGUAGAGCUUACCGUCCUGGAUGAAAAUGGAGACAACUUCUUGGGGAAAGUAGCCAUUCCAUUACUUACUGUUAAGAAUGGGCAGCAGAUAUGUCUAUUGUUGAAGAAAGAAGAUUUGGGAAGACCAAACAAAGGAACCAUCACACUAGAGCUCGAGGUUAUCUAUAACAAAGUCAGAGCUGGAAUCCGAACCUUCAAACCAAAGGAGAGUAAAUUAAUGGAGGAAAACACAAAGUUCUCCAAAAAGGUUCUUGCCCAGAAUAUAUACCGGGUUCGAAAAAUCAGCACAGCAGUUCUGUACACGUUACAGUACAUUAAAAGCUGUUUUCAAUGGGAGAGCGUGCAACGGAGUCUAAUAGCCUUUCUGAUCUUCGUUGUGACAGUGUGGCACUGGGAGCUCUUCAUGCUGCCCCUCUUCCUGCUCCUCCUCAUCGGCUGGAACUACUUCCAGCUCUCCACAGGGAAGGCCAAUUCACACCAGGACCUGGUGAACAUGAGCAUGGGUGACGACGAAGAAGAAGAGGAAAAGGAUGCUGGAAAAAAAGGUUUGAUGGAUAAGAUACAUAUGGUGCAAGAAGUGGUGUUGGCUGUACAGAACGUUUUGGAUGAACUCGCCAACAUUGGGGAGCGAAUAAAGAAUAUAUUCAACUGGUCUGUCCCGUUCUUAUCCUGCCUGGCCUGCUUGGUUCUGUUCGUGGCAACAGCGCUACUAUAUUUUAUUCCACUGCGAUACAUUGUGCUGAUAUGGGGCGUUAACAAAUUUACCAAGAAGCUGCGCAACCCAUAUACUAUUGACAAUAAUGAAAUACUGGAUUUCCUCAAGAGGGUGCCUUCUGAUGUUCAAAAGGUGCAGUACAGCGCGCACAGAGCGCCCACCAGCCAGAGCCAGCCACGGAGGAAAAAGUAAGCUCUACGGACACGGUGAAUGAAAAGCUGGUCCUUUUGAAUAUGGUACAACGCAGUCCACCUGACAAUAAUGCUCCAGUGCCAGUAGAGCCAGUGACCCUGUGCACUCCACCAUACCACCCUAUCUCUACCCCCUGCUGCUGAGGGGCAGCCAGCCGCUCUCUGGCUUGUGUGUUUGCCACCCCCCUGACAGGGGCUGUGAACUGCACCAGCUAGGAGGGCAGCACAUGGUGCUGUCAAUCACAAGCCUGGAGGUAAAGAAAAGAGAGUGCUGCAAGGCUCAGGCUUCAUCUUUGGAUAAAAUUUAGAAAAGAAAUGAAAAUCUGUUGGUUUGCCUUACUCUAAACCUUCACUGUUUUGUAUUUAUGUUGAUGAAACUGAGAAAUCUGCUUUAAAGGAAAAUUAAUAUAUGCUUUAAGGAAAUCAAACCAUCGCACUGUUUUUGUCAUUCUCAUGUUAAUAAAAAUUAAAGGUCAUUAUAUAUAUAUAUAUAUAUAUAUAUAUAUAUAUAUAUAUAUAUAUAUAUAUAUAUAUAUAUAUAUAUAUAUAUAUAUAUAUAUAUAUAUAUAUAUGUGUGGAAUUUUAUAUUUAUUAUUGGGGAUAAUUAAUAAAAGUUAUACCUGUCAGGACAGAGAACUGAAUGUCACCUUCUUUUCUAUUUAAUAUGGUAUGGAUUUAAUGGACUGUAUAUAUAUUAUUUCCAGCUGAACUUAUUUUUAAGUAAAGUGUCUUUACUGUGUCACUGUAUUUUACUAAUUAUUUUUCAGAGCUCUAUUUUUACUCAGUAUUGUGUCAGCAUCAUCAAAUGAAGAAUUUGCAAGAAUCCUGAAUAAAGACUCUUGAUCAGUUAGA